GUAUAAUGCAACACACUAUCACACCUACUGACUAUAGCAAGUAAGCAGCGUGUGGCACAAGUCUUGUUUUAUUGAAAACACAACUCUUAAAAAUCUUCAGGAAAUUAAUUUUUUUUCCCAUCUCAGUAUUUAAAAAAGAAAAUCAUGUCAGCUUCUCCGAUCGCAAGGCAAGUCACACAAAAUCAAAACAUCCCUUUGACGAAGAGAGUCGUCAUUGAGGAUGCUAAUCAGUUACCUGCUGAUUAUUCCUCGACACCCGGAGGUACACUUUAUUCAACCACCCCAGGAGGUACCCGUAUCGUUUACGAUCGUGCCUUCCUGAUGACAUUGAGAAAUUCUCCGAUUUCAAGAACUCCACCUUCAAAUUUGACUAACAUGCCAGCUGAUAUUCAAAAGAAUCAACCGACAGGUGUUACAGCACCAGUGCAAACUUCUAAUGGACCUGCAUCUACCAUUAAAGUGUCUCCUACGAAAAAUACUGCCAAAGAGAUUCCUGUGAUUGAUGAGACAUCUGAGCAAUUUCAAAUGGACAUGUAAAGACAUAAUGCCGUGCCAACUGUGAUCCAGACGAUAUUAUUAUUAAUUUGUCAGUAGCCUUCAAAAAUAAUUAUUAAAUUUUUGAACGGCAUUGUUUAAUCUCCUGACACUGUUGGUGAUAUAAUAAAAUCAUUUUUUUUUUAUUUUGAUGAAUAUACAUAUAAUACCAACUACAUUUUUGCCAUAUUAAGCUCAGAGUCAAUAAUUUUAAAAUAAAAAAGAAAAUAAUAAUCACGAAAAGAAACUACCUCAGGUAGAUGUGAAAUAUGCCAACAUAACAAAAGAGGAGUAUUUUGACUAUUGUUGCUAUAAAUGCGUUUGGAUAUUUGUACAAAAAAAAAUCAAUUCGGCUCAAAUUUACCCAAAGAGACUUGUGUAUUGUCUUAACGAAAUUCUUGAAUUGUAUAACAUUAUUUUGUAGUUUGCUAUACUUAAGGGUAUUAAUUAAAAAAUAAAAAUGUGUUUUAUAUAA